AUGGUGCUGGAAGAGGAGCCCAAGAAGCAUCUGCGCUCACCUGUGAGGGAGCUCGCCAUGCGGGCCAUCACUGUUUUGAGCUCCGUGGGCACAGUGCUAGAGGGCAAAAGGAGAAGCCUCCUCGAAGCCUGUAUCUCCAGUGUCUUCUGGCUUCCUUCAAACAAGGGCAUGAGGCAAAGAAACAGAUACUACUCAACAACCUUGGAUGCCAUGGAUGUCAUGCUGGAGAUGAUGGUGUUCAACUCUCCUCCACCCAGAGUCGUUGAGGAGCUGCAGCAAAUCUUGGAGAUGCUGCUGGACCUGAUCGACUCUGAGAACACAGAUGUGCAGAUGAGGGCUGUGGAGAGGAUUGGGAAUCUGAGCUAUGCACUGUCCACACAGAAGCACUGGCCUGAUGACUUCAGAACAAAACAGAUCCCCAUCCUGGGACAGCUGCUAGGUCGUCUUCUCUGCUUCCAGUUUUCUGAGGGAAAGACAAAACAUUCAGCUUCAAGAGCUUUUUAUUACCUCUGUCAAUUCAUCUUUGAUAAAAACAGGAGGAUAUCAUACCCUGAAGAGUACUAUAGAAAAUACCUGCGUCUACCUGUCACCUUCUUGCAGUGGUGCAACAACAUCAGAGCCCAGAUCAAGGCCUUGGAAUGUUAUCUCACACCUUCUGAGAGGACAUACAUCAUGCUUGCAGCCAUCGAGGCGAUGCAGGACUCCAGCACCUCUGGCCAUCAUGCAGCAAGACACUUCUUGCAGCUGGCCAUGAGAUCUCCUGAUUUCUGGCUGGCAGAUGUGCCAAGCAUUGUGAGGGGCAUCCAGGAGUGCCUGGAGCACACCAGCCUGGCAACUGAUGUGGAGAGCCUGGACACCUUGCUUGCAGUGCUGGCUCACAAAUCCCCCAGGGAACUGGUGAGCAGCAUGUUGACUUCCACAGCACCAUAUGACAGCACCGCCCUGGCCGUGUGGGACCAGAUGUAUUCUCAGCUCAACAUCACGUCCAAGUUCUGGGUGGAGCUGCAGGGAAGGGUUCACUCACCGGAAGAGCAGGACGGCGAGCUCUUCAGCCCCACUGUGUUGUAUGCCAUCAGAGUUUAUAAGGUGACACUGAACCCCACCAACACUGAAAUCGCUGACCUCCUCAGGGACAGUCAGAAGUGUCCAAAGCCGGAAUUUCUCACACUUGCACUCACAGGUCUCAGCAAUGCCUUGGAGAGUCCUGAGAUGGCAAGAAGACUUCGGUUCCUGCUGCCGGACAUUGUGGAGCUCCUGCAGCACACCAACAAAGUCAUCAGGCUAAAGGCCCUGCGGGUGCUGCACAUCAUGGUGCAGCACAUAGGGAGGAAUGGUGCCAGCAGAAUGGCCGUGCGGCUCUUGCAGCAGCUCCUGCCACUCUUUGAUGAUGAGUGCACUGAGGUGCGAGAGUACUCCAUCUUCCUCUUCAAACAACUGGUGGAAGCUGCAGUGUGCUGGGACGUGUGGAGGAUGAAACGAAAAGCACGGAAGGGAGUGAUGCCACUGCUCCUCCACAUGACUGAGAUGUCCGAGAGCGUGGCCCAGGUCUCCAGGGAAGCCCUCCUUUCCGUGGCUGAGAUCCUGGGGUGGGAAGAGCUCAAGCAGCCAAUCGAAACAAAGCACCCGUUGGAUAUCGCAGAGCGCUUGCUGGAGAGAAACAUUAACAGGGUAGAAGAGUACCUGGAACAGAGCUGGCCAUACCUGCAGUGCCCUCAGACCACCGUGAGAGAGACAGCCCGCCGGUUCACUCUGAUGGCCAGGUGGUACCUGAGGGACCUGAACGACGACGAUAACCUCAGCAUCAUGACUGCUAAGUCCUCGGACGCAACUCGUGAGUCCCAGUCCCUGGCAGCUCGGGUCAACCGGAUGCUGAGAGCUCUCCGGCUGCAGCGAAGACUCAGAGCAACCUGCCGAGUGCUGUGCUGCGGGUGCUCAUGCUGGUGCUGAGUCAGACACAGGGGUCACUUUCCUUGAGGACACAGGGAAUAGAAUUUAACAAAACU